UGUGAUAAAAAUGGUGGCCAGUGCUCGGGGAGGCGACUGAGUCCUCUUGGCUAGAAGCUUUUUGCCUUUUCCACAGUGGAAAGUUUGGCUCCGAGUCCGCGGUGCAGAGAGCAGCGGUGAGCGGCUGGAGUGGACGCAGAGCUGCAGUGGACCAUGGUUCUAUCAUGAGUGAGCAGCCCCUGGACCUUUGGUUCUGUGAGCAGUGCCAGCUCCCCUUCGCUGACCACUGUCCCACCCACGGGCCGCCUGUGCUGGUUCGGGACACUGCGGUGCCUCUGGGGACUGUGGGUAGGGCCUCUCUCACGCCCCCUGCUGGUAUAGAGAUCUUCACUGAGGGGCAGGAGGUGGACGUCCGCUGCACCGGCCCUGGGUUUCCUCUAGGGGCAGUGUUUGGGCCCUACGAGGGCGAGCUGGUGACUAAAGACAGGUCAUCUGGCUUUUUCUCAUGGAUUAUCGUUGAUUCGAACAACACUUAUCAGUCAAUCGAUGGAAGUGAUGAGACCAAAGCAAACUGGAUGAGGUUUGUGCGCACUUCUUCAGAUGACAGUGAAAGAAACCUCACGGCCUUCCAGCGUGGUAAACAGAUCUACUUCAGAGUGUGUCGCCCCCUUGUGGCCGGAGAGAGGCUCAGAGUGUGGUACAGUUCAAAGUAUAUCCAGAGACUGCACAGUGUGUCCCAGGAAAAAAUCAACCAAAGACUAAAGACAGGUCCUGAAGUCUCAUCCAACUUAAAAACAAGGGAGGACUCAGAAGACCAGCCUCCUGCAAAGAGGAAGAAAAUUGACCUGAUUUUUAAAGACGUUCUGGAGGAAAAGUGUAAAGUCCCACUGCACACGCUGACCCUGAACACAUCAGACACAUGUAAAAUCCCACCGCAGAGCCAGGCCUUGAACACAGCACAAGACGGUGGUUCAUGUGGGCUGGUUUUGAAGCAGGAACCAGAGGAACCAUCAACGUCUUUCUGUCCGAACUGCGUGAAGCUUAAACGGAGGGUUGCUGAGCUGGAGGCGGAGAUAGAACGUCUUCGGGGGCAACAGGCCACUCCAACAAAUGACCAGACCCCACCGCCGUGUAUCGAACAGGCACCUGUUGAAGAGUACCAAGCGAUGGAGUCUCUAACACCGUCUCAAGUUGUUUUUGAAGAAGACGAGCAGGACUUGGACUCUGCUGAUGAAUCCAUGUCCACAGACCUGGUCAUCUCCCCAGACGACUCUUCCAAAAUCCCCUGUGCAGGCGGUCGACGAAUAAGACGCUUUAAACAGGAGUGGCUCAAAAAGUUCUGGUUCCUUCGAUAUUCCCAAACACGCAACGAAAUGUGGUGCCAUGUUUGCCGCCAAUACACCGUGCAAUCCUCACGGACUUCUGCUUUCAUAGUUGGUUCGAGACAGUUCAAAAUCCACACUAUUAAACUCCACAGCCAGAGCAACUUGCACAAGAAAUGCCUGCAGCUUUACAAACUGAGAAUGCAUCCGGAAAAGACAGAAGAAAUGUGCAAAAAUAUGACGUUGUUGUUCAAUUCGGCAUAUCAUUUGGCUUCGGAAGGACGGUCAUAUUCGGAACUGCGAUCAUUGGCAGAGCUACUGAAGAAAUGCGAACUUAAACUAGUCGAUCAAUACAUGAAUGAGGGAGAUUGCCAAAUACUCAUUCACCACAUUGCAAGAGCAUUAAGGGAAGAUUUAGCUGAGAAAAUGCGACUGUCACCAUUUUUAAGUGUCAUUAUGGAUGCACAAAACAACGAUUUGUUUUCGGACACGGUAGCGGUUUACGUCCAGUUGUUGACAAACGAUGGUUCACCCAAUACCGAACUUCUGUCACUGCAAAGAUUGUCGAUUGCGAAUGUUGAGGGCUGUCUCCAAGCAUUAGAGCAAGCUUUUAGUGUUACUGGGUUGCAGUUUCAGGAGUUGUUAGUGGUCGGAUUUGGAGUAGAUGGAGCGAAUAUUUCUUUAGCGACCAGAGCGGAUUUGUACAUUGCUUUGCAGAAGAUAUUCCCAUGGAUUUUGUGCCUUCCUAUUAUGAUAAGUCGACCACAUUUGGAAAUUCUGGAUGCAAUUAGUGGCAAAGAGCUGUCCUGUUUGGAAGACUUGGAAAACAAUCUUAAACAGUUGCUGAGUUUCUAUCGUUACUCUCCUCGAAUGAUGUCGGAGCUUAGGGACGCGGCACCAACUCUGUCUGAAGAAACCGAAUUUCUGGGCGAUAUUCGAGCAAUUCGUUGGAUCAUCGGUGAACCAAAUGUGCUUAAUGCUCUCAUAAAAGAUUAUUUUGAAGUUGUCUCUCACUUGAAAGAAAUUAGCACACAAACGCAAGGUGCCGACGCUUCUGCCAUUGCUUUAUCGCUUCUACAGUUUCUGUUAGAUUACCAAUCAGUCAAACUAAUGUACUUUAUGUUAGAUAUCAUUGCUGUAUUGUCGAGAUUGGCUCUAACAUUUCAAAGCAAUGUCGUACUGGUGUCCAAAGUGGAAAAUAAAAUUGAAGAAGCCAUUCAGGACAUAGGGUUGCUUAGCAAUUCCCCAGGUGAGUACCUCCAAGAAUUUGAAGACAACUUUCGAGAUAGUUUUAAUGGAGUGGAUCUGAAAAACUUGCUUGUCGCAGAAUCAAAAUUUCAAUCAAUUCGUGAAAAGAUUUGCAACAAAAGUCAAGUUACCUUGAGUCAACAUCUAGAAUCACAAAGUUGUUCAUUUGUCAAAGCGUGCAAAGUGUUUGACUUGUCUGCAUGGCCUGAAAAUAUGGAGGAAUUGCACACUUUUGGAGAGGAGGAAAUUCAGAUAAUUUGUGGACAUCUGAAGACAUUUCCCUCAUUUAGACAAGAGCUAUCCUGUUCUGAAGCUAGGAACAAUAUAACAUGCGAAUGGCAAGGGUUAAAGUUCAACUACAAUUCGAGCGGUUUUAAAGAUAUCAUCAGUCACAUCUGCACAAACAAGCAUCGUUACCAGAUCCUAAGUAGAGUCGCUCAGUUCAUAAAAGUUCUCCCCAGUACAACAGUUUGCUGUGAAAAGGGACGUGCGGCUAUGCUAAAGACUGGAAGAAACAAUAGACCCAGGUUAACAUUGGAGCAGAUGAACGAUAUGCUAACACUAGCAGUGAACGGGCCGCCAAUAGCUAGUUUCGAUGCUAAAAGAGCGCUAGACAGUUGGUUUGAGGAGAAAUCAGGCCAGAGUGACGCAAUUUCGACUGCGAUGGUGGUGAAGAUGAUGGACGAUAAACAACAUAGCAACGAAACAGAAUUUUACCCAGACAUUUAGAGAAGUGAGUACUACAUUCUAUUAGGUACAUCCCAUAGACUGUAUGUAUAAAUGGACAUAGCAGUCCCGCUGGCCGCCGCGUUCCCAAUAGGAAGUGAGCACGGGGACAUUCGGCUCCACUGACGCUGGCUCCAAUUCACUUUCUAUUGAAAAAGCGUCGCCCUCUCUCUAUUACUGCUGCUGUCAGAUUAAAUUUUGGUCUCAAAAUGUCAGUUUUACCCGACUUCGCACGAUCCUGGGGUUUUUAUUGUGAUAUUUUGUCUGUAAAUAAAGAUAUGAACAUUAAUAACCACCCAAUCAGGUGCCUUCAUUCCCUGAAGUCAUUCUCGCUAGUGUUAGCAACAGGUUUGAUUGACAGGGUUGCUAAGUGGGAAGGGGUGCCAUUUUCAACACUCUGGCUCCUGAUUAUUUUUUUGGUUGCUAUGAUACACACGAUUGGAUUUCUACAUAUUGAUCUUGGCUCCAGAUUAGUUGCUAUAACUGCUAGCCUUGACUGACUUCAUUUGGCUUAUAUAUAUAAAGGUCCAUAAAAGCAUGUCAUUAUAUCAUUCUGCAUUAAUAUAAAGUGUAAUUUCAUGCCAAACUUAAGCUUUGCCUUACUUGUACAAGGGGAUUGAUAGACUGAAUGUAAUGUUGAAAAUGAUAAACCAAAAGAGACUGUUGAACUGGCUUAUCACUGCUCCAUGUCUUUCAAUAAAACAGUACAAAUAUCAG